AUGCUAGCUUUGAACCCAAAAUUCACUCAACCCACGCCAAAACUUAUUCAAAAAUACGAUUUUGAUCAGCAUGGUGAUGGAAUUUUAUUAGCCGAAGCUGUUUUUCAAAAUAAAUUUUUGGCUUCAUUAGAUAUAAACUUCGAAAGAAGGCUGCACUGA